UGUGGCUGGCUCCUAGCCAAUCUGUAGGAACCUCGUCCUGUCUGAGUAACUGCGCUUCCUCCGGAGGGAGGAAACAGUUAAUGUCUCGGGGCAGCUGCAAUCAGCUAGGCGUGGCUCUCUGGUUAGACUUGGGCUACUCAGAUCCUGAGCCAAGGGACCGGGGAAGGACGCCUUAGCCCGCAGAGCCUCCAGAUGGCCGAAUUAGAUCUGAUUGCCCCAGGGCCUCUGACCGGGGUCACUGCUCACCCUUUGGCCCCUCUCGGCCCAGACCCUGUGUCAGCUAUCCCAGUAGAAAAAGAAGAUGCGGACCCUCUCAGCAAGCCAGGUGACAAAACCCAGGAGCAGGGUCAUGACCCUGCAGAGCUCGGGGCUCCUGAUGAAGAGGAGGAGCAGAUUCUGUGUGACUUCUGUCUUGGGGCCAGCAGAGUAAGGGCAGUGAAAUCCUGUCUGACCUGCAUGGUGAAUUACUGUGAGGAGCACCUGCGGCCGCACCAGGAGAACAGCAAACUGCACAGCCACCAGCUAACCGAACCCACAAAAGACCAAGAUCUGCGCACCUGCCCUGCCCACCACAGCCCUUUGGUUUCCUUCUGCCACACGCACCAGCAGUGUAUCUGCCAGGAAUGCGGCGAGGGUGAACACAGAGGCGACAGUACUGUCUCCCUGGAUGCAGCCCGCAGGAACAAAGAGGUGGACCUUCGGUGCAUGCAGUUGGACCUGGAGCAGAAGCUCAAGUUGAAUGAAAAUGCCAUUGCCAGGCUCCAAGCCAACCAUAAGUCUGUUUUGGCGUCGGUGUCAGAGGUGAAGGUGGUAGCUGAAGAGAAGUUUGGGGAACUCCUCGCAGCCGUGCGGAAGGCCCAGGCAGAUGUGAUGCUCUUCUUAGAGGAGAAAGAACAGGCUGCACUGAAUCAGGUCAACGGCAUCAAAACCUACCUGGAGCACAGGAGCCUUGAGAUGGAGAAAAGCAAGCAGGAGCUGGAGAAGUUGGCCGCCAUCAGCAACACUGUGCUCUUUCUGGAGGAGUAUUGCAAGCUUAAGAAGGCAGAGGACACUGCCUCCCCCAGCAUUUACAUAGGGCUGAAGGACAAACUCUCAGGCAUCCGAAAGGUCAUCACGGAUUCAACUCUGCACUUGAUCCAAUUGCUAGAAAGCUAUAAGGAAAAGCUCCAGGAAUUUUCCAGGGAAGCUCAGAUGUUACAGCAGGUGACAAUCAACUUGAGCUGCAGAAAGCUCCACUGGUGUUCACCUACCCCUUGUCCUAGGGGAGCACUGGAUGGGUCAGUGAAACCAAAUGAUGGGUGUUUUCUCAUGUGUGCCUUGCGGAGGUCACUUGAGUUUAAAGCUGUCUUCUGUGUUUCCUCAGAUGCAUGUGACAUCACGUUUGACCCAGACACAGCACACAGGUACCUUCGCCUGCAGGAGAACAACCGCAAGGUCACCAACACCACGCCCUGGGAACACCCCUACCCGGACCUCCCCAGUAGGUUUCUGCACUGGCGUCAGGUGCUGUCCCAACAGAGCCUGUACUUGCACAGAUAUUAUUUUGAGGUGGAGAUCUCUGGAGGUGGCACCUAUGUUGGCCUGACCUGCAAAGGCAUUGACCGUAAGGGGGAGGAACGGAACAGCUGCAUUUCUGGAAACAGCUUCUCCUGGAGCAUUCAUUGGAAUGGGAAGGAGUUCACAGCCUGGCACAGUGACACAGAGACCCCGCUCAAGGCCAGCCCCUUCAGGAGGCUCGGCAUCUAUGUAAACUUCCCGGGAGGAAUCCUUUCCUUCUAUGGCGUAGAGUAUGAUGCUGUGACUCUGAUUCACAAGUUUGACUGCAAGUUCUCAGAGCCGGUCUAUGCUGCUUUCUGGCUGUCUAAGAAAGAAAACGCCAUCCGGAUUGUGGAUCUGGGAGAGGAGCCCGAGAAGCCAGCUGGGUCCUCCGCGGAGGCUGCUCCCUAGAUUCUAGGAUCUGCCUCCCAGGGGUUGCUAACUGUGACAACUGGGCAGCAGCUGGUAUUUUAAGGUGGACAGAAAUACCUGCUGAUGGUAGUUGGCUUUAGAAACAGUGGGUCUUGAAUGAACUUUCCCGCCUGCUUCCCAAGACAGUUCUUGCAUGAAUGCAGACACUCUUAAGACACCAAAGCCUCUCCUCACAUCGUCUAGUGAGGGUCUCCUCCUGUCUGCUCAGGCGAUUGUCACCUGUCACCCAGAAAUUCCAACUUAGGGUCUUCAAACCCUAACAAGACUGCACAGGGAUCCUAGUAAAUCACAAACACAUCGCUGCAUGUUUCUGACAUACUCUCCAGCGUUUGUAGUGCUUUCUCUUUGUUAGUUCAUGCUAUCUUUAUGGGGUAAAUGUUUACAUUGUCCUCAUGAUACACAUUAGGGGAUGGUGGCCAGGUUGGUCAGCUAACUUGUCUGGUCAGCCAAUAAAUGGGGGGAGGGGAGCAGAGCUGGGAUUCAAGUCUGUUGUUGAACUUGUGACUGAUUACAUGUUACGCUUACCUCAUCAGAUCAUGAAUGUUAUGCCUAAGGGGUAAACCACACGCUAAACCGCAUAGCCAACAGUCUUGAGCAUCCCUCUUAAGAGUUUGGUUUUUUGUUUUUUUCUGAAUGGGCCAGGCUCAACUUGUUCAUCCAGCCUUGCACCAUCUGAGCGUGCCCCCAUCCCUGACACAUCAGCAGCAUCAGCAGCAGGAUCAGCAUCAGCAGCACAAAAUGGUUUUGAACAGCAAGAUUUAGAAUAAACGUUUUAGCGAGGUCCUUUUGAGAGGGGUAGUCAUCCUCUCUGCUAAGGUUACCAGACUUCAUGGACUUGUCUAUUUUCUUGCACAAAGGGAUAGUUUCUCAGGUAUUUGGGGACAGUGUUCACCUCUCCCAGGAGCUAUGCCUGUGUGCUCGUGCUAAGUUGAUACUUUCCACGGUGAUCCCACUUUUCCCUGACACCCUGUUGAUGACUUCAUUCUCCUUUAGACAGAUGAUGAACAUCCAUCAAGCCUUUAUGCACAGCAUCUCAAAAUGGAUUUCUAUUGCCCUAGCCUGAAGUCCCUGGUGGGCUUUACCAGAAAUAUUACUUUCAUGUCUUUUCCCUCGACCUGUGUCAUGGCAAAUCUUCUUCUUCAACCAGUCUCAUGAUCCUGACUCAACUGUGUGUUACUUCAGACUUAUCUGACUUGAGUCUAAGACUCCACGUCUUUGUCUCUAAGGACUUAAAUGCUUUACACCUGUGUCCUCAUGUCACUGCCCUGCACUGAGAUACUUCCAUGAUCUAGUGCAUUUCCUCUCCUUUCAGCAGAAAUAGUUUCCCUGCAGAGUCAACGGCCUUCUCUCAAGUCUAAACCCUGGUUCAGAGUUAUUAUUAUUCAGUUUAUGAGGGCCAACACACACUAGCUUCUCAGUAGAACUGUGCAGUGGCAGGGCUCACUGUUCGCCUCCCUUGCCCACUGAACACGAUCAAAGAGCUUUUCUUCUCUUCUCUUUGUUUCUUUCCUUUUUAUUUGCGAUAGGGCCUCAUGACGUGGCCCAAGCUGGCCUGGGAUACACUAUAUAUUCUCGGCUGGCCCCAGACUCAGUUCUCUUUUCUUAGCUUCCAAAUGCUCAGGUUAUAAGCAUGAGUCACCUAUGCUCAGCUCCGCUCCACAAAAGACCUCUUCAGCGGCAGAAAUCAGUGUCUGAAUUUCUUGGAUCUAGCAGUUAAAGAAUACUCCCCAAAAGAGAAAAUCAUGUCUUCCUGGCCUGCCCUUUCUUUUCUUUUUUUAAAAGUUUUUUUUUUUUUGUCUUGAACUUUAUUUUUAAUUGACACACAAUAACUGUGUACUUAUGGAAUUCAGUGUGGCUUUUCAAGACAUGUAUGUCAUAAUAACCAAGUAAGAACAUAUACUUAUUCCUAUACCAAAGAAUAUUUAUUUAUUAUAAGAACACUUCAAAUCCUGUCUUCCAAUUGUUUUGAA